AUGUCGUUAACCGUCGCCGUCGUUAGCUUCGAUUCGGACGAGGUGGAGGGGGACGAUGAUGAUAACUGCAAGACAGGACAGGAAAGGAGAGGAGAUGGAAAGGAGUUUUCUAAGAAGAAAGACAAAGGUAAAGUGAAUGAAGAAGCAUCCUCCUCUAAUCAUGGUGUGGAGGAUAUUCUGAAAGGUCUUAAACAGAGGUUGAUGACUGGUUUCAGUGAAGUGUGUGUGAAGGUGGAAACAAUGGACAAGAGGCUUAGUGUCAUGGAACAGAGCCAAUAUCAUUUGAAAAAGAGGGCUAGGAAGCAGAAGGCAAUGGAGGAGAGGCUUGAUGAUAUUGAGAAUGAAAUGAAGAAGCAUGAGAAAGAGAAGGAGAACGAGAACAAUGAUGGUUUCAACUACCAAACCAUGGCUCCAGCUGAGGUUGAAACCGAGGCUCCAGCUGAGGUUGAAAUUGAAGCUCCAGCUGAGGUUGAAACCGAAGCUCCAGCUGAAGAAGAAGUUCAGAAAGAGGGUGAAGAAGAACCUGAGCAGGCUGAGAAUGUAGAGAAAGAAGGUGGAAUAUACAACGAGGAAGAAGAAAAGAGUGGAUUCUUACAGUGUGGAAUGCAGAUGAUGUUCCUGCUAUGGAGAAGACAGAUGCAGCCGAGGAAACAUCUAGGAUUCCUGCUCAUAGUGGGGUGA